CUUCCAUGUGGGUUUGUUUGUAGCUGCAGUCAUGUCCGCGGAGCCGGGACGGAGCGGAGAGGAGCCGGAGGAGGAGGAGAGCUACCGGGCCUUCGAGGCGCUGCACGCCGCCGCCCUGCAGUCCUCCGGAGUCCCGCACGUCUACUGGCGGAGCCUCCAUCACAAGCUCACGAGCGAGAUUUAUGAUGCUGGUGAGGUUUUUGGAAUCAUGCAAAUCCAAGAGGAGGAGGAAGAGGAGGAGAGGAAGGGUAACCCUGGAGCCUUCAGGUGUAAGGUGGUGGUGACCCGGGACAGCGGACUGCAGGCCUCAGAUCCCACCAGCGUCUUCCUGGUGGACCACGCCUGGACGUACCGGGCGGAGCAGGCCCGGCAGCAGCUGGAGCAGGUCCCGGGCCUGCUGCCCCGCAUGGCCGCCCUGGUGGGGGUGGAGUUCCACGGCGAGGCGCCGGACCCGGGCGUGGUGGAGGCGGUGCUGGAGCGCCUGUGGAAGUACAACCAGACGUACCAGCUGUCCCAGGGGUCGGCGGAGCAGCGGGUCCCGGUGUGGUACGUCCUGGACGAGUUCGGCUCCCGGGUGCAGCACAGCGACCGGCCCAGCUGCGCCGUGGCGCCCUUCUUCUGCAUGCGGACCCAGCUGGCCUACAGCGUCCUGUGGCCCCUGCACGACCUGCGGAGCGGAGAUGAGGCGACCCGGGACUACGCCUACGGAGAGACCGACCCGCUGGUGCGGCGCUGCCGCCUGUUACCGUGGAAACCCGACGACCUGGACGGGGUCGGCAGCGCCACGGCCGAGCCGCCGGACUCCUACUAUGAGGACAUCGUACGAACCAACAAGGAGCUGCUUCCUGUGGAAACCCCCCCAGGCUCCGCCCCCUCCGGAAAAGUCCUCAAGGUCUACUCGGACAUGUCUCAGGUCCGGAACAACCUGACGCACCCGGGGUUCCAGCUGACGGAGGAGGAGGAGGAGGCCGACGUGGUCUGGGUCUUCGGCCACAUCAAGGACUACAGGAAGCUGAGCGAGCAGCGGCCUCACGUCAUGCUCAACCAGUUCCCCUGCGAGAGCCUGGUCACCGUCAAGGACUGCCUGGCCGCCGUGGCCCGCCGGGUCCGGGUCCGGGGCGGCCCGGGGCCCGCCUGGCUCCCCGAGACCUUCAACCUGCAGUCGGAGCUGCCGCAGUUCGUCCAGCGCUACCGGGCCAGGCAGCAGAGGGGAGAGGAUAACCACUGGAUCUGUAAACCCUGGAACCUGGCCCGAGGCCUGGACACACACAUCACCGGCAGCCUGGACUGCAUCGUCCGGCAGAGGGAGAGCUCGCCCAAGGUGGUGUGUAAGUACCUGGAGGACCCGGUGCUGUUCCGCCGGGAGGAGGUGGGACUGGUGAAGUUCGACAUCCGCUACAUGCUGAUGCUUCGCUCGGUGAAGCCGCUGCGUCUCUACGCCUACGACGUCUUCUGGCUGCGCUUCGCCAACAGACCUUUCUCCUUGGACCACUUUGACGACUACCAGAAGCACUUCACCGUCAUGAACUACGCGGAGGGGGUGGAGCUCAAACAGGUCCACUACGAUGAGUUCAUCCCCCUGUUUGAGCAGCAGUACCCUCAGUAUCCCUGGAAGGAGGUGCAGGCGAAGCUGUUCGAAGCGUUUAAGGAGCUCUUCCAGGCCGCCUCGUCCCGACCGGCGCCGUACGGGAUCUGUGCGUACCCUCCGUCCCGGGCCAUCUACGCCGUGGACCUCAUGCUGAAGUGGAGCACGGGGCAGAACGGCGAGCGCCUCAUGCAGCCUCAGAUCCUGGAGCUGAACUUCUCUCCGGACUGCGCCCGGGCCUGCCUCUACCACCCCUCCUUCUACAACCACAUGUUCCAGACGCUGUUCCUGGACCGGCCCGAGGACUGCCCCGUCACGCAGAUCGCAUGAGGAACCCACGCACACCCGACCGCACGUGGCGCCACCUGCUGUCCGGGAGGUCUCCGUCGUUUCGGACCAAUUCACUUUAGUUUUUCUGCUCUGUGUGAAAUAUUGACGGUUUUUCUCUGAACUGACCAAACGGUAGCACUUCCUGUACAGAUGGAGAGGAAUAAACCAUGCUGGGUGAAGACCCCGCCUCUGGCUCCUUCAUGUGUCCCGAUUGGUUGGAAUCCUCACGAAGCUGCGUGCCAUAUUUAAGGUCAUAU